AUGGUCACGAAAGUACUCAUACCGGAAGACACUGUACAGUCCUUUGCAAGCCUGUCUAAGGCCGCAAACAGCAGCAGCAACCAUCAUAAACAUCUGUCCACCAUUGCAAGUGCUAUUCGUAAGAGCAAACGAUGCGUAGUCAUUACCGGUGCUGGCAUAUCUGUAUCUGGUGGUAUUCCAGAUUUUCGCUCUGCUGAUGGUCUAUAUAGUCUAGUAAAAGCCAAAUAUCCAAAUACGAUCGUCAAGGGUAAAGAUCUCUUUGAUGCCACGCUCUUCAAAGACCCAGUCACGACACAAGUAUUCUAUUCCUUCAUGGGUGAACUCAAAGAGCUGAUAAAGAAUGCCAACGUAACUCCCACACAUCGCUUCCUCAAGAAUCUAGAAGACCAAAACCGUCUGCUACGAUGCUAUACCCAAAACAUUGAUGGAAUGGAGGCUCGCUUGGGCAUGUCAUCUGACUUGGAUUCUGGUAAAAAGACUACUGGUACUCGUGUAGUCCGCCUGCAUGGUGACUUGGAUACGCUAAAGUGUACAUUAUGUAAAUCGAAAUACGCCUUCUCUCAAACGGAUGUAGACUGCUACAAGGGUGGAUCUGCACCUGCUUGUCCCAACUGUGUCCAAAACGAUGAAAUUCGAACUGCUAUGGGCAAACGGGCCGUCACUGUGGGCUUACUACGACCUAAUAUAGUAUUGUAUAAUGAACACCAUGAAUCCGGUGAUGUGAUUGCUGACUUGACUACUCACGAUAUACGUAAAAAGCCUGACUUGCUGAUUGUCAUGGGCACGUCACUCAAAGUGCAUGGCAUCAAACACUUGGUUAAGGACCUGGCUCAAGCUGUACAUGCUGUACCGGGCCGCCAAGUAAUACUAGUAAACCGUGUCGAGCUAGCCAAAUCUGAAUGGGACGAUGUGUUUGAUUACCAUAUACAAUCUGAUACAGACCAUGCAGUCAUAACUCUUGAAGCUCUUGUAAACAAAAUGGAAACUGAAGCUGCUAAGAAGGAUGCUGCGAGAAAGGCACUCAAAGCCAGCAGACCAGAAACAGGUGUUGCUGCCAUUCCAUCUCCAGUCAAACUUAUAGUUGUUGGUGGACGUGGUGGGUCUCCUGCUAAUGAUCAGGAGAAUGCUUUUGUCAAGGCUGGUAUGAAGAGUACCAAACCAAGGUCGACUACUAUUACUCCUGCCGCCGCCGUUAAGCCUUCUUCCUCGUCGUCUAUACCCAUUAAGAGCCGCUCUUUAUCAAAUAGUAAACCCAGUGUUGUCACUGAUGAUAAACCACCGGUCGCUAGCAAAGCCAGAGGCAGCAAUCGUAAUAACAAUAGUAAUAACAGUGAUGCGGUCAUGGGUGGUACGAGUCCUCUCCAACCGAAUAGUCCUCUUCAACCCAAUAGCAAAGUCAUUCCAAACCAAGUAAAUGUCAAGGGCAAAGCAUCGAAUCGUAGUACUGUACUAAAGGAAACUGUAUUAUAUGUAAAGAGCGAGUCAGAGGAGGGAGCAGCUGAUGAAUUAUUAAUAGUGGACGGGAAGCAGCAGGUUGAUAUUGAGUACUUUGCACAAGGUGUCGAAUUUGGUAAUGCUUCAGAUACCACCGAUGGUGAAACAACACCCAUCUCACCAUCGAAACGAAACAAGAAGGCGAAUGUAUCUCCUACAAAGAAACGUAGGAUACCCAAACAAGUUACAGCAACAAAGACCGUUGUCGAUGAACAGGAUGAUGAGGAGGAUGAGGAUGUCAAGAUUAUUGUUGAAACUCCCGCGCAACAUAAUGUAAAAUCGAAACUACCAGAGCCAAUGAUAUUAGAUGUAGAACAACCAUCCAACAACAAGGGUAUUCGACCAACCACUCCAGAGACGUCUGCAUCUCAGGAUUAUAGUAGGCAGGUACAAACAUCACCGGGAGAACGUGCCAAACUCAGGAUACAGUCUCUCGCUGCUACCAAGAAGGCUGCUCCUUCAGCUCCACCACCCGCUUCCAUAAAUGCAUUCAUGAAGGCAAAGAAGAGGACUACUGCUACAGCAGCAGCAACAGUAACAAGCUCAGGAAAAGGAAAAGCACCUGCUGCUGUCACUACUACUGAUGUUGAAUUGCCACGUACUCUCACCAGAUCUAAUGGAAGAAUUGUGCGUGCACGAGGGUAA